CCGCCGCAGUCACAUGCGGGGCGGGGCGGUUCCGCUCCCGCCCUCCUCGUCUCCCCCGCCCGGGCUGUGCGCAGGGAGCGGCCGCAGCAUGAGCGCGUUGAAGGUUUACAGCACGUCCGUCACCGGAUCCAGGGAGAUCAAAUCCCAACAGAGCGAAGUGACCAGAAUCCUCGAUGGGAAGAACAUCAAGUACGAGCUGGUGGAUAUCUCCCAGGACAACGCUCUCCGGGAGGAGAUGAGGGCAAAGGCAGGCAACCCUAAAGCCAUCCCGCCCCAGAUUGUCAAUGGAGACCACUACUGUGGGGAUUACGAGCUCUUUGUGGAAGCAGUGGAACAAAACACCCUGCAGGAGUUCCUGAAGCUGGCCUGACCCAUGGCUGUCCAUCCGUCCUGGACUCUACCUGCGUUCCUGAGCACCCUCAUCUCCGAACAUCUUCACUUCCAGGUUGUCAGCGCUCUCCUGGCACCACGACUUGUAGUCCAGCACCGGGAAAUCCGUGACCAAAACAACUCAUUGCAGCUGCCUACGAUUCCUUCCUGCCUAACUCCGAUGUCAUCUCAGAGGGAUGCAAAGAAAGCCCGACUCGCUGCGCUUGGCCUUAGAGCAGAGCUGGGCCUGGCUCACACCGCAGCUUCCAGUGCCUCUAAACAGCAAAGCUGUGCCCGUCAGCCCUCUCCUUCCUCUACCAGGAGAGCUUCUGCUUUAGGAGGGGAGGGCUCAGGGCUGCAUGCUACUUCCCACUCCUCCCAGUUGCUGUUACAAUUGUAAAUCCUGCUGCACUUCCUUUUUUUAAAAAAACAAGCAAACUUUCAUCUCAGCUGCACAAAUCGCAGCAACGAAGUUGUUUGUUUUGGGUUCUGAUAAUUCAGUGCAGAAAUGCUGCACGGGGCUGGGUCUGACCACCCGGCGGGGAGCGAGAUGGGGCUGAGGUGUCCCCUUGGGCCGGGAGUGGGUGGGCUUGGAGCUGGGGUCUGCGCUGCUCCAUCAGCUGUGUGCUGUGCAGCGCUGAGGGCUCCCUGGUGAGCGCUGAUGGCUCACGGCUGCUUCACAGCAGCUGAUGCUCCAGCUGUCUUAUCUUUCCUGUUUUCUGUUGGCUUUUUGCAACCUGGACCAAGUGCAUUUUGUUUUCCUGCCAAAAAGCGAGUUUAUGACCAGUGUUGUCUUCCGAGAUGCUAUUAAAUGUUACUGUACCUUU